UGGAAUUCAGAAUUCAAAAUGGAGGUUAGUGAAAGUACAACAGCAAAGAACUCUUUUACCCCGCGUGACUGGGAAGAUAACGAUAGAAUGAAUUUUAUGUUUAAUGCAUUUCCGAAUGACAGAAAUACAAAUCCCAAACGUUGGGAAAGUAAAAUGUCAUACUGGACUGAACAAAUCAAGCAAUGUUGCCGAGCCUAUCGUGAUGUGUAUGUCAACUUGGACCUUCUAAAUGAUAGAUUUCGAAGAGAUGGCAGGGUUCCACUAGGUCUUAACACGGUAAUGCUACAAAUGGAAAAGGAUGGGAUAUUUGUAAACAAAGAAUCAUUAUUGAGAGGUCUGGAAAAAUCCUGGUUGGGAUGGAGUUACAGUCUUUUCAAAGGGUCUGCCCAAUUGGUGUGGACAUCAUUAUGGAAAAACAAUUCUGCUGAUGAAAAGAAAGAAUAUAUUUUGCUAGAAAAUGUUGAGGAUCUUGGACAAGAGCUGCUAAAUAAACAUUACCAAAAUGUUAAGAGUGACAUAACUGAUCAUGUCGUGCCUUUGAAUGUUGUUAAAAAUCUUUAUAUCACAAGUAAAAGCAAUGUUGAAGAUGAAGAUAUUAUGCUGAUUGUAGCUUACUUGAAGAGAAAAAAAUUAGCAGAUUUAAGUCACAAUUCCCAAGGAGAAAUGGUUGUAAAAUUUGCAAAGAACUUAAGCAGCACAGUAGCUCCUGUUAACGAAAAUGAUUGGCACAUAAUAAGGUUAAAGAAGGCGAUUGCCAAAUUGAAAAUUGAGGCAUCCGAUAUUAAGACACAAAUUAGCCGGCUUCAGAGCUCGGCAAAACUUUGUUUGCAGGAUAAAGACAGGUCACAGGCGAGGAGGAUUAUUUGCCAAAAGAAAAAGUUGGAGAAAUCAUAUAACCUAAAGCAAGAUACCCUUUUGACAUUAACCGAUCAAUUAGAUACAAUAAGAAGUACUGACUCAAAUAAAAUGAUUUUAGAUGCAAUUAAUAGCAGUUCAACCAUUUUGAAUGCAUCAUUGGAAGAAGAAAACAUGAAACCUGAAAAAAUUGAUGGAAUUUUUGACAAGGCCCACGAGUCUUCCAAUCUCAUGAGGGAAAUCGAUAUGUCAAUUUCUGGCGGUUUAAAACAGCUAGAGGAUGAUGUUGACAUGGAGGAACUAGAGAAUGAGCUGGCAGAUCUUUUGCUCGAGAAAGAUGAAGAAACAGAAGGUUAUUCCAGAGCUGUUCUAGAUCUCCCGAAAGUGCCAACUCACUCGCCUGAACCUUCCAGUUCAGUCAAAUUGAAAAAGAAGGUUGCUCAAGAAUUGCCUAGCUAACCGGCUUGACAGCCAUCUGCAAAGAGGACAGGCGAAGAUUUUUGCUACUCAUUUUAUAAAAUGUACAUGCAAUGCAGCAAUUUGUUAUCAUAUCUUAUCUGCUUUC